GCAACCAUGCUUGUAGAAUGACCUAUUGGAGGUCCAUUCUCAAAAGUUAUGUCUACUCUCUGCAUCAUUCCGACACAUCCCAUAUUACAGUGUUUUUGUAUAGGAAUCAUGAGAAUACAUAAAAGCCAUCCGGUAAGUGGAUAUGGACUGAGAGUUUUCAUCUUUCCUGAAAUACUGGAAGUAUGCCUGCAUUGAAGAUGCCAUCAAUGAGGAUAUUUCUCAAGAACUUAACACCGCAGGUAUUUCGAACAUCUAAACCCUUUACUACCAACCACGAAGUUGCUACCGCGGCAGAGCUAAUCCCCAGAGUCGAAAACCAUGUCAAACAAUACAUGUCGAAAUUUGAUGCCUCCCACGAUUUCGCCCAUAUCAAACGCGUUGUACGCAGAGCUCAUACCAUACACGAAGAGAUAGUCGCGGAUGCUGUCAGGACAAAUCAGCCUGUACCGCAAUACGACAUAACUACUAUCACCCUCUCUGCUCUGUUACAUGAUGUCGGGGAUAGAAAAUACGUCAAUCUCAAAAAGGAAAAUCCGAAGACGAUGAUAAAUACCUUGCUGCUGGGCUUUGGCAGGUACCGAACUGGCCGUGAAGAUACAGACCAUUUGUUCGGCCGUUUCACACUUCGAAGAAAUGAAAGAUCUUCAAGCCGUUCGAAACCUCAUCGAUCAAUAUCCAGAACUUGCCAUUGUUCAAGAUGCAGACCGCCUAGAUUCUCUUGGAGCCAUUGGUGUUGGAAGGGUCUUCACAUAUGGUGGCGCGAAAACACAAAGAUCUAUGCUAGAGUCGAUAGGUAUAUUCGAUUGGAAACUGCUCAAAUUGCAGCCUUUGAUGAAGACGGAACCCGGCAGAAGAAUGGCACAGGAAGCGAUGGGACGAUUGGAGCUAUUUAAGGAGUGGUGGGUGGAAGAAGCCGCAAUUGAGGAUGGCUACGAACCGCGUAUUACACAGUAGGUAUUAUAAAUGGACGUUGGGCGUGUGAUAAGCUGGGUAAACUUAUUUUGCUGGUUUGGAGUUCGCUAGCUUGCUA